AUGGUGGCGGAGAGUUCAACGGCAGCGUCCAGCUGCAGAUCUGGUGGUGGAGCAUUAGCGGAUUCGUACAUCGGUAGCUUAAUAAGCUUGACAUCGAAAAGUGAGAUCAGGUAUGAGGGCACACUCUACAACAUUAACACUGAAGAGUCCAGCAUCGGCCUCCGCAACGGUUACGACAUUGGAAACUCUAAGGAUGACAAGAAGACAAGGCUUGGAUCUUUCAAGAAGAAGGCAAUUGAUGCCUCUUCAAUGUUCAAAAAAUCUUUGACCAGGAGGAGGAGAAGCAACAAAGUUAUGUCCGUUGUGUUGGAGGAUGAACAUGACCAGGAGGAAUUAAAGUCUGUGGAUGCCUUGCGUCAAGCACUUAUUCUGGAAGAAUUAUUGCCUAGAAAACACGAUGACUAUCAUAUGAUGCUAAGUUAA